AUGCCAUCCGCUACGGUCGACGGUGCUGGGCCAACUGACAGCCAUGUGCUGUCUCAAGUGGAACAGUAUGAGAAAGGGCUCUCACAAAAAGCUGGUGACACACUAGAAAUCACCAAUCUCGGAUGGGAUGAACCUCCAGAUGCUAUCGAGGAACCUUUGGUGGCAGGACUCUCAAAUGAAGAUUUGUGGAUGCUCAUUAGACGAUUUGACAAGCAAGUCUAUCGAGUCCAAGCAAUUCCAGAUGCUCCCAUGCAGAGAUUAGAUCUCACGCGCAAAGACGACGAUGAAUUCUCACCGGAUAAACUCAGGGCUACACUUGAACGUUUCUAUAUAACCGUUAUUGUUGGCUUCACCAAUUGUAUCAAACAUAUUGCUCGACUACGGUCUUGGAAGGAGCCGCGACGAACCGCAGUUUACUUCUUAUCAUGGAUUCUCGAUUUACUCAUGCCAGCUACGCUACUCACUCUAAUUGCCCUGGUGGUGUACCCACCAUGUCGAUCACUGUUGUUCCCUCCCGCUCCAAUCCCUCUUGUCAACAAAGACACGGGAGGUGUACAAAAGCCAAAGGCUGGAAUCCUAGGAUCUGAUGACAGUAUCACAGGUGCCCCCGAGAAAUUCAAGGGCGAGGCAGCCGAGCAAGAGGCCAGUAAUCUUGUCGCAGGCGUUGCCAGUGUGGCUGUGGGAAGCGCAGUUGGGAAGCAUGAUCAAGGAGUCCCUGAUGAUGCACCUCUCGAGGAAGACGUACCGGAUGCGAUGGAGAUUGUUGCCAAUACUGCCGAUGCGCAAACCGCCGCCCAUGGAAAGGUGCCGGAAGACUCCUAUGACAAAACACGACAGCCUAUGAAGCAGAGCGUGAUGGACGCUGCGAACGUUUCAAUGCAGGUGGUAGGCGACAUCACGGAUACCUAUGAGAAGAUGGCCAAUGCUCUAUCCGCCACAUCCCCAUUUCCUGAAGUGCGUCCUCGUCUGCGCCUGGUGGCUGUGUUAGGCCCAGCAUUUCUGGCCUCAACACUGACGUCUUGUUACGUCUUCAUGAAGCUCAAUACACUUUUGAUCGGGCUCGCCUUCUUUGGAGACCCUGCCAUCAGACGAGGGAUUGUACAUCUGAAUACCCGCUUCCCCGAGUGGCAGAAGCUUGUUGAGUUACAAAAUUUGCUUCUGAAAGGCAUUCCAACAAAUGCCCAGCUGGCCCUUACUCUUCUUCGCAUUGGCGAGGCUAAUGCGUCACCACUUCCACCCCCUCCAACCACACAAGACAAAGUGCCCUCGCGGCCAACUUCUUUAAACAAUGAGGAAAUCAACCUAGGCGCUACUGACGAGGAAAUUAAACAAGCGGCUCUGGUCAAGCGUGAUGACCAUACCGAGGAGGUCCAAGCUUCGCCAGAGAAGGGCCACAAAAGGACAUUUGGAUCCAGCGUCCUGAGCUUCUUUCGAGGAACUACGGCCAGUGGUGUCGAGAGCAAAAGAGGGAUCGAUCGCUUGCGAGCAGCGGUCGGUUCACACCAGGCCAAGAAUCGUUUGGGUGUCCUACGUGAUAGAGGGAAGAAGAUAAUACCAAGUGGCCCUGUGGCAUUUGACGCUCGUUGCAAGGGCAAGCGCGGCACUGUGGUCAUCGACUCAACCAAACAGCCUCCACUGCUGUAUUUCACGACCGAUACACCGCAGCAGGGAGACGCAUCGUUGGAGAAUCGCAAGGCUGGAUCGGUUCUGUUCACCAUGCCGGUGACUGAUAUCCAGGAGAUGCGAAAAUUAGGUGGUAUGGGAUGGAAAGGGAAAUUGGUUGUUGGUUGGGCUCUUGGUAGUAAGGAGGUGGUUGAUGGGUUGCUCAUCACUGGCAGGAAGCCAGAGCAGUCACAUCGACUUACUGCCAUGGGGACAAGGAACCAAUUAUUUAAUCGGCUUAUUGCCAUCGAUGGACAGGUUUGGGCAAGCUGUUGA